AUGGAACCCUCCACAGAAAAGAACCCUGGUCUAAUCGAAACAGCCAAGUCCCUAGCAAACACACCUUGGUGCGAGCAAUACGAGCGUAUGAUAUCAGGGAUGCUAUACGACCCCCUCGCUCCAGAACUCAUGCAAAGCCGUUACCGAGCCCGCAAGCUAAUGUCGAAAUACAAUGCACCCAUUCCUGAUGACAUAUCAUUCGAUGAUCUCACACAACAGCGCGAGGAUCUGCUUAAGCGACUACUGGGGCAAGUUGGCAAAGGCGCCUUUAUUGAGCCACCGCUAAUGGUUGAUUACGGGUGCAAUAUCAAGAUUGGUGAUGGGUUUUAUGCUAAUUUCAACACCACAAUCCUCGACUGCUCCCUAAUCAUCAUCGGCGAUCGUGUGGCCUUCGGACCUAAUGUGAGAAUUUUAGCUGCGACGCAUGAGACCAGUGUUGAGUCCCGGAGGAAUGGAGUUGAAUUUGCGAAAGAGGUAGUUAUCGGUGACGACUGCUGGAUUGGGGCUGGUGUUUCGAUCUUGGCGGGGGUUCAUAUCGGUAAAGGUAGUACGAUUGGGGCUGGGGCUGUUGUCACGAAACAUAUUCCUCCUUUUAGUGUUGCUGUGGGAUCCCCGGCUCGGGUUGUUAAGCAGGUGGAGCCUGUGGAAUAA